GAAGCAGCCAGACCACAUUCAUGAAGAAACCUUCCAGAGUUGAAGCUCGGGGUGAGCCAUGUCGAGUCGGCUGGCGAGAGCAGUUUCGUCAUCGAUAACUCGAAGGUCAACGGCUGAGAUCUGGAGUCGGCAUGGAAGGUGGGCGUCCUCUUCAUCGUCUAAGACGGAGAAUUCGAAGAUGAGUGAACGUCUGUCAGGGGUAAUAGACGCCGUCAAUGACCGUAAACUCCCUCCUGAACUCCGUGGCCAGCGUAACUCCGUCCGAUCAGAAACAGAUAUAAUAAAUGUUGUGGAGCAAAGAAUAUGGCAUUCUAUGGAAGAAGGGCAGUUCGAGAACUUACCAGGAAAAGGUAAACCACUUAAUCUUGGAAGCAAUCCUCAUGCAGACCCGGCAGAGGAUACCUUGUAUCGAAUCCUCUCUAAAAAUGGAUGUGCACCGGAGUGGGUUGAACUUAACAAGGAAAUAAGGAGUCUAGUAUCUGCAUGGCGAGUAGCCCUCAAGAAAGCAUGGGCAAUUAAGGGCAAUGGUGAUCACACCCGAUGGGCAGAGUCAGCUGAGGCAUUGCAAAGGCAAUUGCGUGAUAUCAAUGAUAAGGUUUUCAGGUAUAACCUAAUCGUUCCCUUUGGUCGGCAGAUGUUUGGUCUGAAGUGGGAGAAAGAACUAGCUCGCUUGGAGGAAUGAUUAUAUUCAUUUUACGGAGGCAUUUUUUUUCCUUCUAUAUUAGCAAUAUAGAUUAAAUUGUUGUAAAACACAGUGAUCUCUCUAUCUGGUUUUGUAACUUUUGUUUAAGGAAGAUAUUAUAAUAGUUGUAGAAAAAUGGUGAACUACAGGAAGAUAUAGGUGGCUGUAAUUUCUUACACAUUUUUAAGUAUGGAAGUGACAGUGUGCUGAUCAGUUUUAAUGGAUUA